CGAACUCUUACCGGUCACAAGUCCACAGGACCACAACAAUAGCCAAGCAGGCUUCCCAUGCAAAAGUCCAAUUGCAACCCCAUCGGCCCAUUCCCAGCGGAGCCCACAUUUGGCUAAGCAUAGUCCACGCGUUAGCUUCUUAUUCAUCCAUCCCAGAUCUCCCUGGUCCCACCAGAUAAAAUAAUCACCCUUACAAGUCAUCAAACGCUAGAGAGAGACUCAGAAAAAAACAACUGUGCUAGCCCAAAGAGAAAGAACCGAGAAAUGGCGGCGUCUAAGUUAUGUGACUCUUGCGAAUCCGCACCGGCGACUCUAUUCUGCAGAGCAGACUCAGCGUUUCUGUGUCUCAACUGCGACUCGAGGAUUCACGCAGCGAACAAGCUUGCAUCCCGGCACGCUCGGGUAUGGGUAUGCCAGGUGUGCGAGCAAGCGCCGGGGCAUGUCACUUGCAAGGCGGACGCGGCGGUACUUUGUGUCACGUGCGACCGCGACAUUCAUUCCGCAAAUCCACUCGCCAGCCGUCAUGAGCGCGUGCCUGUCACUCCCUUCUACGAAGCUGUUAACUCUGCUGUCAAGCCCAGCGUUGCUGCUGCUAACACCAUCAACAACUUCCUCGACGAUCGCUACUUCUCCGACAUCGAUGCUGACGUUAGCAGGGAGGAGGAGGAGGCCGCCUCGUGGCUCCUCCCUAACCCUCCAAAGGCCGCUGAGAGUCCGGAUCUGAAUACUGGCCAGUAUCCGUUCUCGGAUAUGGAUCCGUAUCUGCAUUUGGAUUAUGGACUGCCAGUGGAUCCGAAAUUGGAAGCGCAAGAGCAAAACAGUUCCGGUACGGAUGGGGUCGUUCCUGUCCAAAGCAAAAACUUCAAAGCUGCUCCCAUGGUGAACGAACACUGCUUCGCUUAUGGCUACAGCAAUCAUUCGUGUCCCAGUCAAAGCGUUUCAUCUUCGCCUCUUGACGUCGGAGUUGUUCCUGAUGGCAACGCCAUGAUAGACAUAUCAACGCCGUAUGGGAGGGCAGUGGAGUCGACGGCGAAUCAGACUAUGCAGAUCUCGCCGGCAGACAGGGAGGCCAGGGUUAUGAGGUACAGAGAGAAGAGGAAGAACCGAAAGUUCGAGAAGACGAUCCGAUACGCGUCACGUAAAGCUUAUGCGGAGACGAGGCCGCGAAUCAAAGGAAGGUUCGCGAAGCGGUCGGACAGAGAAGUGGAAGCGGUGGAUCGGAGUAUGUACGGAUUCGGCUUGGUUCCGUCGUUUUAGUGGUUUUAAAUCUCCGUACUAAUUGUAAUAUAUACUAAUAUGAUGAUGUUAAUUAAUCUUUACAGUUUUAUUGUGAUUUAUAUUUCUCCCUCUGGCAGGGAUGUGCUGUGUUGGAGGGUAGGGCAAUGUUAUGUGUAUAGUUUGGUGGAGGUGUUUGAUCGAUGGAAAUAUGAAACUAACCGUCGAUUUUGCAUAUGAA